CGUCAUCGCUCAGCGGCAGCUACAUUGUGUGCAGACGGCAGCACGUUGUCGGCUCGUCCUGGCGUAACUUCCCCAGCAGAUAAGCGCCUUCUUUUUGCCGUUCAAGGAGAUUUAAUCAUUUAAAUCCCACCGGCGAUUUUUUCCCCAACAGCUUGUCAAACAUGUCUGCCUCGGCGGCAAAAGUGAGUAAAAAGGAGCUGAACUCGAACCAUGACGGCGCGGACGAGACCUCGGAGAAAGAGCAGCAAGAGGCUAUUGAACACAUCGAUGAAGUUCAAAAUGAAAUCGACAGGUUGAAUGAGCAAGCCAGUGAGGAAAUCCUAAAAGUAGAACAGAAAUACAACAAACUCCGUCAGCCGUUCUUUCAGAAGAGGUCGGAACUGAUCGCCAAAAUCCCCAACUUCUGGGUCACCACAUUUGUCAACCAUCCACAAGUAUCUGCCCUACUGGGAGAGGAAGAUGAAGAAGCACUUCAUUACCUGAGCAGAGUGGAGGUCACAGAGUUCGAAGAUAUUAAAUCGGGGUAUCGACUAGAUUUUUAUUUUGAUGAAAACCCAUACUUCGAAAACAAAGUCCUUUCCAAAGAGUUCCAUCUGAAUGAGAGCGGAGACCCAUCUUCAAAAUCAACAGAAAUCAAAUGGAAAUCAGGAAAGGACCUGACUAAGCGCUCCAGCCAGACACAGAAUAAAGCAGGAAGGAAGAGGCAACAUGAAGAACCAGAGAGUUUCUUCACUUGGUUUACUGAUCAUGCCGAUGCUGGCGCCGAUGAGCUUGGAGAGGUCAUCAAGGAUGACAUCUGGCCAAACCCCCUGCAGUACUACUUGGUUCCUGACAUGGAUGAUGAAGAGGGUGAAGGUGAGGAAGAUGAAGAGGAUGAGGAAGGACUGGAGGACAUAGAUGAGGAAGGAGAUGAAGACGGAGAAGAUGAUGAAGAAGAUGAUGGAGAAGAUGGCGAGGACGAUGAAGGAGAAGAUGACUAAGAAACAUCACCUACCAAGACCCUCAACCUUCUAUUGUGUUUUUUUUUCUAUCUUCCUUUUUUCUCCUUCAGUCAUGUUCGGGAGCAAAGUUUGUAAAAUUGUUUUUUUUUUUUUUUUUUU